UCGUAAACGUUGGUGACACCUAUGAAACAUGCACCGCGAAAAGUACACGUGUGCGCGUACUCUGCGCCUAUACUGCAUCGAGAACGCGACUCACACGCAAACUAUCUUUCAACUCCACCGACAAGUCUCUUUAUCAUCUAUGGUUUCUGUUAUUUUCACAUGGAUCCGAACUGUCACUUCGGCGAAAUGGAUCGUCAAACCCUCAUCACUUUCGAGAGCAAGAGCUAUUUGUUCGCUAAAGGACACGGGAAAGAAUUUUAUCGGACACAUAUGAGCGAGCCGUAAAUCACGCGGAUAUCUAGCAAAGCAUGACGAUAAACAGACAAGACAAAAUGAGGCACAGCAGCUCCUGGCCCGAUCGUGCGCCGCAAACGGUGAAAAUGCGCGUCGAUCCCUUAUCUCGCGCCUUCACUAUCAUCCCGACGAGCCGCGAAACAGUAUAUCGAUUGGAACAAACUGCAACGCGAUCCAAUUGCCUGGAAGAAGUCAUCUUUUUAGACCGAUGCGCCCCUGGAGGAGUCGCGUCCGUGACGAUAAAACGAAGAUUAAUCGACGGGAAGGCAGUUAUAAAUAAGAAACCUGCGAAUUUCGCGGAAAAUUCAUCCGAGGCGAAUAAUGAGGCGAAGAGCGUGAAAGCCGCCCAUCGAUAUUUCAUGCCGCGCAGUCUUUCGUCACUCGAGACAAGUGCAGUUCGUCAAAACGCGAUUAUUAUGUUUGAAGAGAAUGUCUUUCGCAAUCAAACGAGAUGCAAAUCAGACUUUCUCGUAAGGACCGAUGAAGCGAAGAAAACGAGAGAUAUGCAAAAGACCUUCGCGCCGAGAAUUACAUCGGACAUGGAUUUCCAAAAGCUAUUUCCGAAAGAUCAACACGCGCAAAAGGAGCCCGGGAGUGCAUCCGCGCAACUGAUAAACGAAUUUCCCUCAGUCGCGCAGACCAACGCCUUUGAUGUUAUAACAAACAUUGCGGAUGAGAGAUUGCGCACGGCCAGCAUCGCGCAAGCAAAUAACUCGCAAACGCAGGAAGUGGAUGGAGCGGGGAAAAAUUGUCAGACCACCGCUUCAUCCGCGUCCUCCUUGUCGAGGCACACAUCAUCGCCACCGCACAUCAACGUGAUCGACUACGACGACUACGUGACAUCCGUUUCAUUCUCGUCGAAGGCGGAUCACGCCUGUUUCAAGUGCGCGUCCGAAGGUGUCCUUCGCUCGCGGAUCGAUCCCUUUCGUUCUCCCUCGCGAUGCAGGAAAAACGACAACGCGCGCGGCAUUCGACGCGAUGAUUCGAUCAGACGCGAAAAAAACGGAACGCGCGGCGUGCCUCGCGUCGACGAGCGUCAAAGCAAGGACAUCUGGCACGGGGAACGCCUAAUCGGUGCGGCAAGAAACGUGGAUGGGAAAAAGCCGGAGCAGCAAAAGAGAAACGGCGGCUCGCCGCCGGCGCGACUGCCACUGGACGUCAGGAAGGAAGCUACUCUCAGGCGACAUUAUUAUCCCGAAGGAGGCUGGGGCUACAUUAUUGUCACAUGCUCGAUGCUGGUGCAUUUCAUCGGGUUGGGUUUGCAGCUUGCCGCGCCCGGAUGCUGGCAUGUGAGCGCCGAGCAGAAGUUUCGACAUCCUCCGCUGCAUAGCGCAGGAUGGCUGGGUGCAAUGUCGACAAGUGUUGCCCUGCUGGUGUCGCCAGUAACAAUAGCGUUUUGCCGAAGAAAAAGCACGAGAGUCACGGCAGUUUUGGGCGGCUUAGUUACCGCACUCGGCUGUCUUUUUACUUCUUUCGCCUCGCAAUUUCACCAAUUGUUCUUCAGUUACGGCACUGUGGUCGGAAUUGGAGUUGGAAUGACACGAGACUGCAGCACUUUGAUGGUGGCUCAGUAUUUUAAGAGGAAGAGAGAAUUGGUCGAAAUUUUCAUUGUGUCGGGAAGCGGAUUGGGUAUAGCGGUCAUGUCUGCUUUUAUAAAAGGCGCAAUCACCAAAAUAGGAUGGCGACUCGGUCUUCAAGCUGUUACAGGAGUGGUCUUUCUCACUUUCAUUCUCGGUACUUUUUACCGCAGCGCUUCGCUGUAUCAUCCGCAGAGGAGAGCAAUCUUACACUUGAAGAAUCAAAAGCGCAAGAUAAAGGACAAGAAUAAGGUCGACGACAGGCCACCGUUUUUUGAUUUCAGCACGCUGAGGAGCAAAACAGUGAGAAUCCUCUUGGUGUCCACCGGAAUUUCGGCGUUCGGGAUCAACACUCCGAUAUUUUAUCUGGCGCAUCAAGCCGAGGAGGAAGGUCUCGGCGAUACGGUCGUCCUGCUACAAGCUUAUCUCGGACUAGCUUGGACUCUCGGUUGCGUGGCUUUCGGACUUUUGGUCGUUCAUCGCAGCGUCGAAUGCAGGAUAGCCCGCCAAUAUCUCACGCAAGCGGCUGUCUUUGUGUGCGGACUAUGCAUCCUCGCUCUCACCGCCGUUCAAGGAAAUUACCACGGAUACGUCAUGUUCGCUUGGAUUUACGGUAUCUUCUGCGGUGGCUAUCAUUACAGUUUAAAGAUGUAUACAUACGAAAGAGUGAGAGCACGAAACUUCGCCAGAACAUGGGGUUUUGUCCAGUGCUCCCAAGCAAUACCAAUUGCAAUCGGGGUGCCGAUAUCGGGAUACAUAAACGUGGGUUGUGGUGGUAAAGCUGGCUACUACUUCAGCUCCACGUGCGUUCUGGUCGGCAGUUUCACACUCUUUUUCAUCGAUUUGCAUAGAAGAAAUUUGUCCAAGCACAAACAUACCAGAGCUAAUGGCACAAAGCACAUAUGCGCAUCGGACAGCUGUCCUCAACGAAGGAGGCCGUCGUUCAGCCAGGAACCCGAGAACGAAGGACCUCACGUGGCCGCUGCCGGAGCGGCCGGAGCAACAGCCGCGGCGCUCGUCUUGGGAGCCGAUCUUACUCCAGCGCAGGGUGAACCAAUAGACGUCCUAGUAGCGGACAAACCGGAACUUACUUGCAUCUCAGAAGAGGGUAUCGCUGAUAUGGAUUUACCCGAUAAUCUACUGGAGGAGCUUGAUUACAUCGGCGAUUGCAUAACUUCGUGUAACAAGGUCGAGAAUUAUCUCAUGCUCUCGGAAUUCGAAAACAAUCUAAUAGCCGAAAUGCCAAUUAUAACGGACCGCCGUGGACGCAGGUGGUCUGUGGCGCGCUCCAAGACAAGUCACUCUAACUGUGGUCAGGCUAGUGGCAUGCAAUCAACGACUGACGAGGCAAACACCAAACCGAAAUGGCGUUUUACAAAUGUACCACAUAAUACUAAUACCAGAAUGAUCACUGUCAUCGACGAAGCUAGCGCGUAAUCUCGAGCAUGAAUAAUGCUCAAGGCGUCAUUAACUCUAAACUUGGCAAAAUUGAGAGUAUAAACGUAGGAGUAAAUUUAAAAUAAGAAAAAAUAUGAUAAAAUUGUGACGAUUUUCACAAUUGUGAAGAACAAAUGUA